GCUGAAGAAAUUUGUGAACCCGGUCCAGAGCCCAAAAUGUGUGAUGCUUAUCCACAGACCAGUUGUGGAAUGUCCUCAUGUGAAAUAGAAAAAUUGAAUAAAGUAUCAGAAUCAUCUCUAAUUUUUACUGUUGAUGGUUAUAAUGAAAAUUCUUGGAUUACCUGUGUUGGUUUUUUGAUAAAAAGUUCACAUAGUGUAACUAGUAUCAAAAGUAAAUUGGAUAGCUAUGUAACACUAGCUAAAAUUGUGUUAGAUGAUAUGACAAAUUCUUGCCAUGAUUCUGAAUCUAAAACUGCAAGUAACGAUUCAAUUGAUUCAUUUGUAGAUCAUGAUCCAGAUGCUAGUAUAUCUGCUUACAAGCAACAGCAGUUCACUUCCAAGUGGUUUAUUGAAUAUCCAAUGCUUGAAUAUAGUAUUUUUAAUGAUUCCGUGUACUGUUUUAUAUGUACUUUAUUUCCUCAUCGAUGUGGUCAUAGUAAUACAGCAUGGGUAGUUGGUGGUGUAAAGCAGUGGCAAAAAAUGAAAAGCCGUGGGAAGGAUAAACAAGGAAAAUUAGCCCAACAUUUUUCAUCAGCUUCACAUAAAGAAGCCAUGUUAGAUUAUUGUGCAUUUACCACAAAAUCUAAAAACAUUGAUGUUUUUUUCAAUAAGCAGUUACGGCAAUCUGCCAURCGUGAGAAACAAGAACAAGCAUUUAAUAAAGAUGCAGUCAGUAUUUUGAUAGAUUUAGCACGUACCUUGGCGAGACAAGGACUUGCGUUCCGUAGUCAUAAUGAAGGUGCAAAUGAGUUACAAAAUGGAAAUUUUUAUCAAAUGGUUCUUUUACUUUCCCGUCACAAUGCAAUAUUAAAAAGAUGGCUUAAUGACGAAUCGAUGCGUUCUCAUCAAGUUACAUAUCUUAGUAUGAAAUCUCAAAAUGAAUUUAUCGAACUCUUAGCUGCAGAAACACUUAAGAAUAUAGUUGAAGAAGUGUCAACAUCUGAUAUAUUCUCAGUUUUAGCUGAUACCACACCGGAUGUUGCACUUAAGGACCAAUUAUCUGUUUGCUUGAGAUAUGUUGACCAAGGAGGAUCACCAAAUGAACGAUUGCUUGAUGUUAUUGAAGUUACAGAUAAGACUGGAUAUGGAUUGGCAAAAAGUAUAUAUGACAUUUUAAUAAAACAUGGACUAAAUACUGGAAACGUAUCAUUUCAGUCAUAUGAUUAUGCCAGCAGUAUGAUAGGUGUUAAUAAAGGAGUUCAACGUUAUUUUUCUGAGUUUGUUGGACAUACAGUUCCAUACAUUCCAUGUCAAGCACACAGAAUAAAUUAUUUUCUAGAACACGGCUGUAAGGCUAGUCAUAUAAUUGAAAAUUUCAUUGACAUUCUUGAAAGCAUUUAUGUAUUUUUCUCGACAAGUACAAAAAGAUCAAGUAAUUUAAUGGAACGUAUGAAAAAAAUUGAGGGAAGUCUGAAGCUCAGAAAUGUAUCCAAAACUCGUUGGACAGCUCGAGCCGAAAGCAUCAAAGCAGUAUGGACAUCUUUAGAGGCAAUUGUUGACACAUUGGAAUAUAUUAACGAUUCAAAUAAUUAUGAUAGUUUAACUAAAACAAAAGCUAUUGGAUCAAAAAAAAAAGCCAAAGAAUUCAAUGUGUGUGAUGCAGCAGUUUUAAUAAAAAGUAUGAUUUCGUCAUUGCAAACGAUUAGAUCAGAAACAGAAAAUAUGGACAAUUUGAUAAACAGUGCUAAAAUUACAGCUUAA